AUGGCUGAUCCCAGCAUCCCGCUCCUGGGGGGGGGUGGGGGGUGGCACGCACGCUCCCUGCGGGGCCUGGCAGUGCCGGGCAGCAUGUGCCAUCUGGAGGCGACGCUGGACCUGGCCGAGCGGCGCCGCAUCCGCUCGGCCAUCAGGGAGCUGCAGCGGCAGGAGCUGGAGCGGGACGAGGAGGCGCUGGCAUCCAAGCGCUUUCGCCCAGAGCGUGGCAGUCACCGACAGGACGACAAAGAGAACUGGCCUCGGUCCCGGCGCCUGGAGGAGGAGCAGCAGGCAGCCCUGGCCGCCUUGUCCCAGCAGCUUGAAGCCAUCACAGACGUGGAGGAGCUGACAAAACUGCUGCGGGCGGCGGGUGAGUACGAGGAGCGCAAGCUGAUCCGAGCUGCCAUCCGCAAGCUGCGGGCUGAGGAGAUUGAAGCUGCAGCCCUGGCUGGGAACGUGCAGAGCAGCCGGAGGGACGGCAGCGAGCCCCGCGCUGUGCCUGGGGAUGUGAAAAGCAACCGGAGGGAUGAUGCUGAAACACCAGCCCUGGCUGGGAGCGGGAAGAGCAGCCAGAGGUGCGAUACCGAGCUGCCAGCCCUGGCCGGGAGUGAGGAGAGCCAUGGCGAGGGCAGUACCAAGCCCCUGGCCACAGCCAGGAGUGGGGAGAGCAGCCAGCAGGAUGAUGCAGAGCAGCUGGCGCUGGCUGGGCUGGAGGAGAGUGGCUGCGGGGGGGCUGCAGAGCAGCCCCCUGCCCAGGAGCGCAAAGGCUUAGCGGCCCAUGAGCAAGAUGAUGCAGUGGAGCAGGAGCAUGUCCUGGCUGGGAUGCAGGAGCUAUGCAGCCGGCAGGCGGGAGACCCCCAGAAACCCAGCACCCAGGCUGUGGUCUCGGGGACCCUCGUGCUCGUGGAGCUGCAGCCGGCCCCAGAGCCUGGUCCGGAGCCCGAAGAUGGUGGCAAGGAGGUGGAGCGGGGCCAGCUGUGGUCCCCAGGUGCUGCCCAGCCCAAGGGGCAGCACCAGGCAGCCUGGAAGGAAGGGAGUGUUGGCAGCCCUGCCACCACCCAAGAACCCGGUGGGGGACAAAGCCACCGGGUGGAGCAGCCGCCCCCAGGCCAGCCCAGUGCUGGCAGCCAGGGCAGCCAGCUUGGUGUUGGGGUGCAAAGCCAGGUGCUGGAGCCAUCGGGGAGGCGUGGGGAGCCACCAGCGGUGGCAGUGCCCACCCAGGAUGUAGCGGGGACCUCGGCUCGCCUGAACACUCACCGGUGGGAGCAAGUGCCCUCCUCCAUGCGGCCGGCUGGUCGCACAGAGGUGACCCUUGGGCUGCGGAGCACCCCCAUCCGCAUCACCACCAUCCCCAGCAGCGUCAGCAGCGUCAGCAGCGUCUGCAGCAUCAGCAGCAAUGUCACCAAGAUGGAGCCGGAGACGGUGGAGCAGCCACAGGCGCCUAGGCUGGAGCAAGAGCUGCCCAAUGGCAUGGAGAAGGUCCAAGCGAGGGAGCUGGAGAGAAGGAGCAAGCUGAACAUCGAGGAGCUGAACAGGAUUGAGGAUGAGGAUGUUCUGGAUAAGAUGCUGGAUCGGACGACGGACUUUGAGGAGCGGCGACUGAUCCGCAACGCCAUGCGGGAGCUGCGCCAGCGCAAGCGAGACCAGCGGGAGAAGGAGCGGGAUCAGCGGCUGCAGGAGAUGAGGAGCCAGGCUGCAGCGGGGAGGGCCAGCCACGCCACAGAGACCACCACCACGCAGAGCACCCAGUCGGCCGACGGCUUGGCACAUAGCACCGUCACCAAGACAGAGCGUCUCGUCCAGUCUAGUGAUGGCACCAAGACCUCCCGUACCACAACCAUGGAGUCAAGUUACGUGAAGAGAUCGGACAAUGGCAACAGUACACUUGUUCAAACCAAAUCAUCCUAUAGUUCCUCUUCCAAGAAGACCGGCAGCAUCUUUGACCGUGAAGACGAGAGUACCUGCAGGCAGAGCAGCCUGGCCGCACUGGAGCGGCGCCAGGCUGAGAAGAAGAAGGAGCUGAUGAAAGCUCAGAGCUUGCCCAAGACAUCUGCCUCACAGGCUCGCAAGGCCAUGAUGGAGAAACUGCAGAAGGAGGGUGGGAGCUUGCCAAACCCUGCAGCAGCGCGCACCACCGUGCAGCGCUCCUCCAGCUUCGGCGUGCCCAAUGCCAACAGUAUCAAGCAGAUGUUGCUGGACUGGUGCAGAGCCAAGACCCGGGGCUACGAGCACGUGGACAUCCAGAACUUCUCAUCCAGCUGGAGCGAUGGCAUGGCCUUCUGUGCCUUGGUCCACAACUUCUUCCCCGAGGCAUUUGACUACAGCCAGCUGACGCCCCAGAACCGCCGCCACAACUUCGAGGUGGCCUUCUCCUCCGCAGAGAAGCACGCGGACUGUCCGCAGUUGCUGGACGUGGAGGACAUGGUCCGGAUGCGCGAGCCAGAUUGGAAGACGCUGGUGGACUGCGUGCCCCUGGUGGAGGUGGAAGACAUGAUGAUCAUGGGGAAGAAGCCGGACUCCAAGUGCGUCUUCACCUAUGUGCAGUCCCUCUACAACCACCUGCGUCGCCACGAGUUGCGCAUGCGGCAGAAAGAGUGCUAGAGCUUGCCCUGCCCACUGCCCUGCCACCCCCUGCCCUCAGGGCUGCCGGCGGGCAGGGAAGCUGCCUGCCCCUGGAGCGUCCAGGGGGGCCACAGGACCGGCACUGGGGAUGAGGGGGCUCUGCCACCAGGGCAGCCCCACACCUCUGCCUCGCUGGAGCUCCCUCUGCCCCAGCUGGCUGCGGGCUGACCCUGUGGGCAGGGCAAGGCAGGGCCAGGCAGGCGCUGCCAGGGAUGCUCCGCGGCUUGGCUUGCCUCCUGUGCUCCAGCGUGUUAAGUUAUUUGUUCUCUGGGAGUUGUUUGUUCCACGGGCAGCGUCCCUGCAUCCCUAGGGAGGCCCGGGCAUGGCUGCGCCCUCGAGCCCGGGGCUGGCAUGGGUCGUGCAGCUCAGCCUGGGUCGCGGGGCAUCCCACAGGCAGCGUGCCCACAAGCGGUUCUCCUUGGCCCCCUGUGAGGAAGCCCCUCUGCCCACCACAGGCCCUGCUUGGUGCCACCUCCCUGGGGAUGGCUCCACAGCCCCGUGCUGACACCCUGCUUCCCACUGCGCACAUGCACCCUGGGGCGCUUCC